AUGAGCUCUUACUACCAUCUAGAUAAAGCUAAUGUUGUUGUUGAUGCUCUUAGAAGGUUUUCCACGGGAAGCUUAGCUCAUGUGGAUGCAGAGAAAAGAGGGUUGGCAAAGGCUAUUCACAGGUUGUCUAACUUGGGAGUUUGUCUUUUGAACUUUGAGGAUAGAGGGAUUGUUAGAAGAAUCGGGAAUGUUGCGAAUGAGGUAGAUUUACCAGCAAGUUUGGCUUCCAUUCAUCCUGUUUUCCUUGAGUCCAUGUUGAAAAAGUGUGUGGGUGAUCCUUCUUUGAUAGUGCCUGUUAAGGAUAUUAGUGUUUUGGAUUCGUUGUCUUAUGAGGAGGUUUCCAUGGAGUUAUUGAAUAAUCAAGUUUAUAGAUUGAGGACAAAAGACGUAGCUUUAGUGAAGGUUCUUUGGAGGAAUCAAAAGGCGGUAUAA